AUGUUGGCCACUGUACCUGUCUUUCCGAUAUUCCUCAUCUUUGGCGGUCUUCUGGUCACUUGGCUCAUCAAAUCAUGGCGCAAGCCGAAACACAACUACCCUCCUGGCCCCAGAGGUCUGCCCCUAGUUGGCAGCCUCUUUGAUAUCAAUAAUGAAAGGCCGUGGAUCACGUACGGCGAUUGGGCCAAUAAAUAUGCAGGCGAUAUCGUCAUGUACUGGGUCAUGGGCAAGCCCGUGGUCCUUCUGGGCAAGAUGAAGCAUGCUGAAGGACUGCUGCAGAAGCGGAUGAUGAACUAUAGUGACCGGCCGCAACUGGUCGUGGCACAAGAGUUCGUCACACAGAAUGGUUGGUAUAUGGGAACCGCCAGGUCGGAGCAUGACACGCACAAGAAGCAUCGAAGGAUCGUGGCCGAGCAUCUUCGUGCAAAGGCGUUGAAGGACUGGGCACACCCGGUCGUGGCUCCCGAGCUGCAUCUUCUCCUGCAGCGACUCGCCAGAAAUCCAGAUCAAUUCAUCAACACCUUCAAGUGCUUCACCGUCAAUGUCAUGCUCAAUACGACUUUCUCGCACGGCUCUAUUUCCGAUCUUGAGAACCCCUUGAUCACUCGCAUCAACCACGCCACUGAACACCAAUUUAUAGCGCAAAUCCAGGGCCGGUUCUGGGUAGACUAUUUCCCCUGGCUGAAGCAUCUUCCGGCCUGGCUCCCUGGUAUGGGAUGGAAGCGCAUGGGACUGCAGUGGCGGGAGGAAGUUGACACUCUCUACGGGGAGCUCUGGAAUAUGACGAAGCAGCAUGGCGAGCAGCAUCCUGGCAAACAUCCGUCCCUUGUGCAGACUUUGCUCUCCACUCAGAUGCACCAACUUCAUGAGCGCGAGGGCACCACCCUGGCCUCUGCUAUGGUCGAUGCUGGCACAGAAACACUGACGGCAACAACGGUUGUAUUUAUGAUCAUCUUCAUGUACUUCCCUCACACUCUGCGCAAGGCUCAGGAGGUGGUCGAUGAGGCUAUCGGGAGAGACCGCUUGCCCGCGUUUGAGGAUCUCAGCAGGAUGCCCUACAUCACCGCCAUGAUCCGCGAGGCAUUCCGGUGGCGCACUGUGGCCCCUAUCGCGAUCCCUCACGCGGUGGUUCGAGACGACUUCUAUGAGGGCUACUACAUCCCCAAGGGAGCGACAGUCUUUGCCCUUUCGCAUCACAUUCACAACGAUGGGGAGUUGUAUCCGAACCCGCGAGAGUACAGACCCGAGAGGUUCCUUGACGAGAAGGGACAAUUGAACGCACUCCCGCAUGCCGGGUUCGGUUUUGGAAGUCGCAAGUGUCUCGGGCUGCAUUUUGCUGAACAAACCUUGUUUCUAUUGAUAUCAAGCUUCGUUUGGGCAUUCGACAUAGCUGCCCCGGUCGACAAACAGGGAAAGCCAAUCCUACCCAGUCUUGACCCCAUGGACUGGGGUGCUUUCCUGGCCUCGCCACCACCCUUCGACUUCAAGGCUAUCAUCACGCCCCGCUCGCAGGCCGCAGUCGAGAUGAUUAACAAGGCUGUCGUCGCAGACGCACAGUGA